GCGGCGUCUGGUCUCUGACUCGGGCAGGCGCUGCCAUUUUAAGUUGUUUGUUCUCGCUCCGUCCUGUCGCUGCCAGUCGCUCCCGGGCCUCAGAGGCGCCUCCGCUCUCGCCGCCGCUGAGAGGAAACGCCGGGGCCGCCUGGGCGGUGCGAGGUUUCCCCACGCACCCGCCGCCGGGACCCGCCGCCAUCGCCUGGUCUUCUCCGUAGGAGCCGCUAGCGCAGGGACCCGGCCUCCUCCUCCCUCCUCCGCUGCCGCCUCCGCCACCAUUUCCCCUCCCCCGGCACCGGGGCGCUGAGCUAGACUAUGGGGACCACGCUGGGGCUGAGCAGCGGCAGAGCGGGCGGCCCGGUCACCGUGUCCAGUGCAGCAGGGAUGGGGGGGCUCGGCGACUUCGUGGCUUUAUCUUGACAUGGCUCCUCCCCGUGCUGCUAGCAGCGCCGCCGCCUCCACUGCUCCUCCUGCGCCCGCCGGCUGCGGGUAGCGAGCGGGCCUCGGUUUCUGCCUGAGUCUCUCCGUCUCCUGCUUGGGGGGGGAUUUGGGGGUGUUUUUUUGAGAGGGGAGGAAAAACUCGGUGGGUUUCUUUAACCUAGUCCGACGACUUUAUUUUGAGUUAAAACCCUUUUAAAAGCCCCAACCCCCUGGAGAAAAAAUGGCUGGAGUGAGGCAAAAAUAACCUUAAAAGGGUGGUUUUUUGUUUUUGUUUUUGUUUUUUUGUGUGCAAAAAAUCUGCCACCAAAUUUUCAAAAUAAACGGGGGAAAAUUGGUAAAAAUUUGCACCUCCCCCCACCCCCAAAAUCUGUUUUUAAAACAACCCACCGGCCUCUCCAUGUCUGUAAAGUCGCUACCAUGAAGUGAGAGGGGGAACCCCAGGCCACUGAGUCGGUGCCUCGCUGCCCUGGGCACAGGCCGCCCGCCGCCGCCUUGUGUAGGGAGAGGCCCAAAGGGAAGUGAAAAGCAUCGGCCAUGCCUAGCCCCAGCUAAAUCGGGCUCCCUGCGGAGCGCAGCAGCAGCGGCAGAGAGAGGAGGAUCCCCGGGGGAUCAGCAGCCCAGGGAGACUGUGGGGUGUUGGGGAAUGUAGGACUCUCACCCCGAGGGGUGGGGAGAGUCGGGACCGAGGUAUCAAGUCGUGUUUGAGUCUCUAGGUGAGAGAAUAUUGUCCCUUCGACCACACCCACCCCUCAUCUAUGGCCAUCAUGAUCCCUCUUCUCCUUGGUAGCGGCAGCCUUAGGGCGAUGAUGUGCCUGAUGAUGAGCAGGAUGAAAUUAGAAAUGACUCCGCUGUUUUUCCUCUUUGCUCUUCUGCAAACCAGCGCCGUGUUAUUUGUAGUUGAUGAUUUUGUUGGCAGGGAAAUCUCGUACCUCCCGGGACGUGCACUCCUCUUCCUCUGCACUCUCUUCUCUGCUCUCCAUCAAGUGUAAUAAUCCUAAAAAAAAAAAAAGGGGGGAACAUAGCAAUAGUGGAAAUCUGAGAAUAAUAAUCAGCAGAGUCAUGAAUCUGGCUGGGGUAAAACGCAAUUUGUAAUUUGUUUUUUAUAUAUAUAUUUUUCUUUUCUUUUUUUUUUUUUUUUUUGUAAGCAAGGCAAAAAUAACCCCACAUGGAUUGGGCUUGUGCCAGUUGCUUUUUAUUGUACACAUAAAUCGUGAUAAGAUUUUUUUUUUCCUUUUCAUUCUCACCCACUUAUUUGUGUGGUUAAACUCUUCACACAAGCAUAUUUUCUUCAGAAUUUUUAGGUUUUGUUUUUUCUUGGUACUGUUGCAGAAUCGCCUCUUGUCCAAUCAUGGUUGGACGAUUACAUAUUUUGUUUCUUGACCCCUCUAAUGUGAUAGCGUCAUAAAAUAUUACCUGAGGUGCGUUUUUUUGGGUUACAUUCGCGUUUUAUCUAUUCAGUCGUAUUAGCGGGGAUAAAAUGACUUGUUUCUGUUGUACUUGAGUCUUAUGAAAAAGUGCCCAUAGUUUAGUGACAGUUUCCAAAGGCUUUAGUACCACCUGUGUUACAAAAUGGGGGACCCAAACUCCCGGAAGAAACAAGCUCUGAACAGACUUCGAGCUCAGCUUAGAAAGAAAAAAGAAUCUUUAGCUGACCAGUUUGAUUUCAAGAUGUAUAUUGCCUUUGUAUUCAAGGACAAGAAGAAGAAGUCAGCACUUUUUGAAGUGUCUGAAGUGAUACCAGUCAUGACCAAUAAUUAUGAAGAAAAUAUCCUGAAAGGUGUGCGGGAUUCCAGCUAUUCCUUGGAAAGUUCCAUAGAGCUUCUACAGAAGGAUGUAGUACAGCUUCAUGCACCCCGCUACCAGUCUAUGCGCAGGGAUGUAAUUGGCUGUACCCAAGAGAUGGACUUCAUUCUUUGGCCUCGGAAUGAUAUUGAGAAGAUAGUCUGUCUCCUGUUUUCUCGGUGGAAGGGAUCUGAUGAUGAGCCCUAUAGGCCUGUUCAGGCCAAGUUUGAAUUUCAUCAUGGUGACUAUGAAAAACAGUUUCUGCAUGUUCUGAGCCGAAAGGACAAGACUGGAAUUGUUAUCAACAAUCCUAACCAGUCAGUGUUUCUCUUCAUUGACAGACAGCACUUGCAGACUCCAAAAAACAAAGCUACAAUCUUCAAGUUAUGCAGCAUCUGCCUGUACCUGCCACAGGAACAGCUCACCCACUGGGCGGUUGGUACCAUAGAGGAUCACCUCCGUCCUUACAUGCCAGAGUAGGGUACUGGCCAGCAAAAUGGGGAAGAUCACAGAAUGCAGCAGUGAAUUCUCACUUUCCUCACCACUUCAUUCUUUCAGAAUUUAGAAGAAAAUGGACUCAUGUUCAGAACACUAUACAUUGUGAAACUUUAUCAUCCUGGAUUAUUUUUUAAUCAUUUGUAUCAGAACUUUACAAUUUUUUUAAAUGUUUUCUGCAUGGACCUUGUGAAAGAGAGGAUGCUCUGCAUAUUUUUGCAUUGUGUCAGCAUCUUACUAAAAUGUGAAAUGAAAGGACUGUUGUACACUGAAACAAAUGUAUCUGAAAGCACAAGGUGAUCAUUUGGUGGUGGUGUUCCCAUUUGUGCUGAUCAUGCCCCUAACAUCUAAUGUUAGUCAUCAGUAUUUGGAGGGUGAGAAGUGAAUGUAACGGGUAUAAAAGCCUUAUAGCUUUGCUGUUAAUGAUUGUAUCAGAGAGCACUAUCCUAUUCAUUCUAAUGAACAGAAAAGUGGCUGUUACAAUAGAAAUGUAAAUGUGGGGAAAGAAUUCUUAUAAGGAAAAAAGCAUCUCAUUCAGUGUAGGCAUUUCUUGCCUUUUUUUAUUUUGCUGGGCCAUGUUUAAGUUUACUGGCACUUUCACUUUUGGAUCUUUCCCCAAGUUGCUGUAUAACUGUAUAAAAAAGUAUUCUGUUGAGUUGGAUACAUUUAUACAGAUUAUGAGGCAGACCUGGAGUCUGAAGUAGUUAAAGCAGCUAAAAGUAAAAUAGUAGCUGCAGAAACCAUGUUCUUGGUAGAGAAUUAUUUUUUCUUGAGAGUUGAGACUUGUAAACUUGCUGGCGAACUGCAGGAAAAUACUGGUUUCUAAAACAUUUCUUAUGGAAAACCCAUUGAGGGUUUUUGAAAUAGACGUUAUAAAGCAGUUGUGAACUUCACUGUAAAAUAGUGUUUGGAGUGUCAAAAGUUGGUUCUGGCAGAACAUUUUAAGACUGUGCAAUGAAAUAAGGAAGACUACUGUAUAGUUUUGAUGACAAAGAAGGCUUUUGCUUAAGGGUUGAGUACUUUACUGGAGUAAAUCUGUAUAAGCCUGCUCCCUUUGGGUAAAACUAGUGCUUACCUGUUUAAAUUUGUAUUUAGCUUUUGUUUGGAAUUGGAAAAAUUGGAAAUUAAAUAAAUUAGGUGAAAGAUGACAAUUAAUUUUA